CCUACCUCUGCCGUCGCGGCCGAGGGUGGGGCGCGCCGAGCCGCACUGAGCGCCUGCCGUGCAGACGGGGUCCCCAGUUCUCCUGCGAGCACCAUGGUCGCGCCGCCGCGACCGCUGUACCGGCUACUGGCCGCCGCCCUGCUCGUCUCUACCGUGGGUAGUCAAAAAGAGCAGAAGAAACCAGAAGAAAAGGAAUUCAUCUGUCCAGAAGGGCAAGGAAAUGGAAACUUUGCAGAUCCUGCUACCUGCCGCAGGUUUUAUCAAUGUGUGGACAACUAUCCUUAUCUCAACAGAUGCCCAUCAGGAUUGUAUUUUGAUGACAUCAGUAAGCUGUGUACAUUCAAGAAUGAAGCUAGAUGUGGUCCCAUUGCCACAACCCCAGCACCCAGCACAGAACCUCCAGUAGACUUGGCAAAGAAAUGUGACACAAGUGCUUGCACUCUACCAUACUGCUUCUGCUCCAAGGAUGGCACACUUGUUCCAGGAGGUCUGGAUCCUGAGGAGAUUCCCCAAAUAAUUUUCCUGACAUUUGAUGGAGCAAUAAAUCUAAAUAAUUUUGACCAUUACAUGAAAGUAUUCGAUCCAGAGCGGAAAAAUCCAAAUGGCUGCCCAAUUCGUGGCACAUUUUUUGUUGCUCAUGAGUACAGCAAUUACAACAUGAUACAGAAGCUUGCACAUGAAGGUCAUGAAAUUGCAACUGAAACCAUAUCACUUCAGCAAGGUCUCCAGGAUAAAGGAUAUGAGGAAUGGGUUGGUGAAAUGAUAGGAAUGAAAAAAAUACUCCACCAUUUUGCAAACAUUUCGAAGAAUGACAUAGUGGGAAUGAGAGCUCCAUAUUUGAAGCCAGGCAGGAACACACAGUAUGAGGUACUUCAAGACUUUGGCUAUAUUUAUGAUAGCUCUGUUGGAAUACCACCUCUCAAGAUGCCUAUAUGGCCAUAUACACUUGAUUAUAAGAUACCACAUGAAUGCCGUUCUGGAACUUGUCCAUCGCGUUCGUUUCCAGGAGUCUGGGAAGUGCCAUUGAAUGCUCAUUAUGUAGAAACAUAUGAAGGAGGUCAUUGUCCUUACCUUGACCAGUGUGUACUACACAAUCAUGAUCCUGAUGAAGUUUUUGAAUGGCUCAGAGAAGACUUCAGCCGAUAUUAUGAACAGAACAAGGCUCCUUACAUGAUGCCAUUCCACACCAACUGGUUCCAAAUAAAAGAACUUGAGAGAGGUCUGCACAAGUUCCUGGACUGGGCACAAACCCUCCCAGAUGUGUGGUUUGUGACAAUCACACAAGGUCUGAUCUGGAUGACCGAUCCACGACCAGCAAAAGAAUUAAACACUUUUGAUGCCUGGAACUGUGCAAAACGGGAGAACAUUCCUCCACCACCAUGCAAUUUGCCAAAUUCUUGUGCACUAUCAUUUAAACCAGCAGAAGCAAAUAUCACAUCAACUAGGUACUUAGUAACUUGUCGAGAGUGUCCUCAGCGUUAUCCUUGGCUUGGUGAUGCCAUUGGUACCGGAAUUGAUGGAACAGAUGUGUACAACCCAGAAAAUUAACAAGAGACAAGAAACACAUUCAGGUUUUCUUGAAUUGUGAUACUACCAUCGCUCAAUACAUUUGAAGCAUUAUUUACGAACACUAUGCUUUGUACAGAUGGUCAGAAAAUGGAAGACGUACAAAAGCACUGGGCUUACAUGAUGACAGUUCAGUGAACUGUUCAUGACAAACGAGAAACUGGCAACUGUCAUUGCAUUUCUGUAGUUGUUUAUUUUUUAUUUGUUGUUCGCCAUUCCUGCAUAAAACAUGGCAUAGCACUGAUAGAGAGCAGUACAUACUACACUGCAAAUUUUCAGUGGUUGCCAUUACGAGUAUCUAUUUCUAUAGAAAUUUUAUCAGUGAUUGUACAAGAAUGAUGUGAAUGAAUGAAGGAACAUCAAAUAUUUGUGUUAGUUAACAAAGCUUGGUACUGAUUAUACCAAGUUAGAAUCAUAACAGAAAUAUGUGUUCUAGAUGUGAAUAUAAAGUAAGUCACUGGUGUGAGGGUGAGAGACUGAGUGAGUGAGUGUGUGUGUGUGUGUGUGUGUGUGUGUGUGUGUGAGAGAGAGAGAGAGAGAGAGAGAGAGAGAGAGAGAGAGAGAUACCUUGUAAGAAACAUUGAUUAUAAUUUUACCUGAAUGUUUUUGUUGGAAAAUAAAGAACAAUAGAUGUUUAUACAAAUGUGAA